CCUGUUGAAGAAUUCUGAGCUCUUCAUUCUGCAUCAUCACUCAGUAAAACUUGUCAAAAAUCAAACAAAUCUGUCAAAAGUAUAUUAUAAACUACAAUGAUAAAAAAGAUUGUAAUUGGAAAGCUAUAGAGCAACCUCCAGUUUGUUUUAUUACUUUCAUUAUCACUAUUAUCAGUCAUUUUACUACUGAUCUAUACUAGUAAAUACCCCAAUUACAAACAGUACCACAAUCGCGAAUGUCAUCGUGAACAGCUCUCUAACCUAUAAAUGUUUUAAAUCAACUUAAAUAACCUCAAAUAAAGUUUGAAAUUUUAUAUUUAUUUACAUGUAACUAAUGUUAGUGCUGUUUAAAUAACUUGUAUAAGUUGAGACCAAUAAAUAAAAAAAAAAAACCUCAAGAUUGAAUCAACAACCACUUAAGAUCCCUUCUCAUCUCAAAGAAGUCACAAACGUCCAAUAGAGCAAACAAGCAGGGUAGGUAAACGGUUGAUUGGGUACUCCAUUUGGCAUGCAAACAUGAUCAUUCAAACUGAGCUUAAUGAAAAGUCUACCCGUGUCAAAAUGACAUUCAAAAGAAAUUUAAAUAUAAGUAAUCGAAAUGGCAGACGAAGAGCCUGCUGCUGAUGCCACUGUUCCUGACUCUACCGCCCCUGAAGCUGCAGAAGCUGAGACUGCAGACGCUGAAACUACUGAUGAUGCUACACCUCAAGCUGAAGAGCUUCCACCUGAAGAAGAUAAACAGGAGGAAGCUCCUCCAACUGAAGAAGAAAAGGGCGCUGCUGGAGAAGGGCCAAUAGCAGAGAGUUCAUAUGAACAUAUCACCAAAGUACCAUCAAGCCAAUUAGCCAAACGCCCUACCGAAGCAUCGGAUCAAGCCAAACUAUUAGACACCACAGAUGAAAAAAGUGAACAGAGGGCCAAGGAAGUAGUAGGUGAUGUAAUAGAUGUAAGACGCGACAGCUUCGUUGAUGCUACAGGAGUACCUAAAGUAGCCCGUUUUCUCAACACUUAUAAAAUGGAACCCGAUAAACCAUAUAAUCCAGAAAAAAUUAUCGAAAUCUUACAGGAAGUUAUGUUAGAAGCGUUUGAAGCAUACACAGCAUUUAAGGUAGAUGAAGAGGGAGAAAUAACAGACAUAAAAUAUUUUUUGCCCUAUAGUCCUGAUUUAUGUGCAAAGCAGGCGAAAUGGGCUUCAGACACGAUCAGAAAAAAAAUUAAAGAACUCGAAUAUCGAAGAUACAAGCUUAUUAUUAUUGUUACAAUGGGAGAGAAACAUAACCAAGAUAUAUUUUGUUGCUGUCGAUUUUUGUGGGAUUUUCAAAAAGACAACUAUACGACAUACACUAUGGAAAAUCCUGCAGUUUUUGGAUAUGCAUUGGUUUUUGGACUUUAUUAUGAGUAAAUUGG